AUGUACCUCCUCACCAACGCCUUCGGUUCCGCCCUCGCCGAGGCCUUGACCCCCGCCGCCUUCGACCCGGCGAUUAUGUGGAUGUUCGUCGGUCUGGCUGUUGCCUCGUUCCUGUGCGGUAUCAUCUUCUUCACUAUCUUCCGUCACUUGAACGAUAAGGAGGAUGAUAUGAAUGCCCUCGACGCUGAUGACCCCAUGCCCGAGGCUCCCCAUGAGGAGGAGAUUCGUCGUGCUUCCCAGGCUCAGCACUAG